AUGUUAUCACAUUUGCAUAAUUCAAUAAGCGUUUCUUCUUUUUUUAAAAGUGACAUAAAAGAUGAAGAUGUUGAUGAUAAAAUAGAACAAACUAAAUGUGCAGCACAGUAUAACGUUUUAUUAGAAUGUCUAGAUAAAAAUGAUAGGAACUGGGUUAAGUGUCAGGAACCGUUAAAAAUAUUUAAAAACUGCUACAACGAAAAUAAUAAAAAUAAUAAUAAUAAUAAAAAUUAA